UAAGUAAACUUCGGAGCUGCAGAUAUAUUUAGCGAGGGAUAGAGAUGCCGCGCUCUCCGCCUUCCGCUCUCGGCCUUCCGCCCUGAGAAACCGAGACAACGAAAUAUGGGGACGAUGCAGCUACUGUUGCUAAGGGUUGACGAAGAGAAGGGGCGGUAGCGGAGCGAUCGAGAGAGAGGGAGAGAGAGAGAGAGAGUGAUGGUUGUAGCUGUGGCGGGUGGGGGCGGGGUCGAGCUGGAGUUGGCGGCAGUGGGGAAGGAGGAGGAAGAGGAGGAGGAGCAGGAGGAGGCCGUGGUGGCACAGGAUUGCCCUCCGGUGAGAGGGGUGCGGGAGGCGUGGGAGCUGUUCACGACGGAGUCGAAGAAGCUGUGGUGGAUCGGGGCGCCCAUCGCGUUCAACGUCGUAUGCCUCUACGGGUUCAGCUCCUCCACCCAGAUAUUCGUCGGCCACAUCGGCAACCUCGAGCUCUCCGCCGUCGCCGUCGCUCUCAACGUCGUAUCCACCUUCUCCUUCGGCUUCCUUCUCGGCAUGGGGAGUGCACUGGAAACCCUUUGCGGGCAAGCCUUCGGAGCCGGUCAGAUCGAGAUGCUGGGCGUGUACAUGCAGCGCUCCUGGAUAAUCCUUGUAGCUUCUUCGUUCCUCAUGUGCCCGAUCUACAUAUUUGCUGCGCCGGUGCUGAAGCUCAUCGGCCAGGACGAUAAGAUCGCUGACCUCGCCGGCCACUUCACCAUCAGCAUCAUCCCCCAGAUGUUCGCACUGGCGUUCAACUUCCCCACCCAGAAGUUCCUUCAGGCACAGAGCAAAGUGGUUGCCCUGGCUUGGAUCGGUUUCGUGGCUCUCCUCCUCCACAUCGCGCUGCUGGUCCUCUUCAUCUUCGUCUUCGGAUGGGGAUUGGGCGGGGCAGCCGCUGCCUUCAACGUAUCGGCAUGGGUGGUCUCGCUGUCCCAGGUGGCGUAUGUGAUGGUCUGGUGCAAGGACGGGUGGACCGGCCUCUCCUGGUCGGCCUUCAGGGAUAUCUGGGCAUUUGUUAGGUUGUCACUUGCUUCUGCAAUCAUGCUUUGCCUCGAGGUUUGGUACAUGAUGAUCCUCACCGUGCUCACCGGCCACCUCGACAACGCCGAGAUCGCCGUCGGCUCCAUCUCUAUCUGCAUGAACAUUAAUGGUUGGGAGGGCAUGAUAUUUAUAGGAUUGAAUGCGGCUAUAAGCGUUCGGGUGUCCAACGAGUUAGGAUCGGGUCGCCCCCGGGCUACAAGAUACGCUGUGGUCGUGGUGCUCGUCCAGUCUCUGGCGAUCGGCCUCCUCUGCAUGACCAUCAUCCUCGCAACCCGGAACCAUUUCAGCGUCAUCUUCACGAGUGAUAGAGACAUGCAGCGAGCGGUCGCAGACAUUGCGUAUCUUCUGGGCAUCACCAUGGUGCUUAACAGCGUCCAGCCAGUUAUCUCAGGAGUGGCCGUCGGAGGUGGCUGGCAAGCGUUGGUGGCUUACAUCAACUUGGGUUGCUACUACAUAUUCGGCCUUCCUCUGGGGUUCCUAAUGGGUUAUGCACUCCACUGGGGAGUGCAGGGAAUUUGGUUCGGUAUGCUGUGUGGCACGUUUGUCCAGACGCUCGUUCUCCUGUUCAUAAUCUGGAACACCGACUGGAAGGCCGAGGUGAGAAUCUGCAUAGCGGCAAAAAUUAUGCUUCGUUACCUUUCCCAAUCCACACAAAAGUUAAAAUGGAGCAGCAGUUGUUGACAUGUACGGAGUGAAGGAAAUGGUUCUCACGGAUUCUCCAUGGUUUUGUUGGCACCAUCGCAGGCAGCCGAAGCUGCAGAACGCGUGCGGCUGUGGGGUGGACAAGAAGAGUAUCACGAGGUACAAAUAUGAUGGAUGAUGGGGUGGGGGUUGUGGGGCUUCAUCUUCAUCGUAAGUUAUAUAUAGGCAUAUUGUGAUUAGUAGAGCUCCGGGGAAUUGGCUUUCGCACAAACCCCUUAGAAUCGAAGCUGAUUAGGUAGAAUCGAAGGAGAUCAUCGUUACUUUUUUUUUUUUUUUUUUCUUAUUUGGAUCUUCCUAAAUCUAUAUAGCUUCCCAGAAGUUGUUCUUUCUUUUCA